AUGUCAUGCAGUCGGGUCCAAGGGUCGUGCGGGGGUCGGAUCGAGAAUGUGGACGCCUGCCUCAGUUUCCUUGACGCCAGAGGAGUGAAUGUACAAGGCCUCUCAGCAGAAGAGAUCAAGAAUGGCAACCUGAAAAGCAUCCUUGGUCUCUUCUUCAUCCUGUCGCGCUACAAGCAGCAGCAGCAGCAGCAGCAGCAGUACUACCAGUCCCUGGUGGAGCUCAGCCAGCAGAGCAGCAGCACCAGCAGCACCACCGCCUCCACCAGCAGCCUCAAGACGCAAGACAUGCAGUCCAGUGGCGAACAGGCUGACCCCUUGGUGUGGCGCUCCUCACGCCUGCCCACCGCCGUGUCUCGCGACAGGAAGAGUCGUUUGCCAUACGGGAGAGCUAACAGCGUGGCCAAGACGGAGCCGUCUCAUAGCUCGAGCACAGCAGAGCAGCUCUCUGUGCUCCUUUUAAGAGGAGUGAGACGGUUUCAGCACCAGACCUCUCACUGGACUUCCCUGUGGUUCCAUCUGAGAGGAACUGACAGGAAAAGGACCGUUUCGGAUCUCCUCUGCUUUGUUCACAGUCUCACCGCCCGAUAUGCAAGUCCUCCAGGCCACAGUGGAAUAGGGUCACCACAGAAGAAAAACACAAGAUUACCAGGACCCUCCAGAGUACCUGCUGCAGGCAGUGGGGCCUCCAGGAGCCCAGGCUCCUCCAACCUGAACCGCCGGAGCCAGAGUUUCAACAGCAUCGACAAGAGCAAGCCUCUACAGUAUGCAAGUGGCAAUGAUAGAGAGGCGGUGAGGGGCAUCCCAGUGCCCGGUGGGAUGAACGGGAGUGGGCCUGGUGGGAUGGUUCCCACCAGCCUCAGUGGGCAGCAGCUGGCCUCUGCCAUCCCUUCACCCUCAGCCGGCAAGACCUGGCGCAGCAAGUCCAUGAACCUGAAGCACAGCGCAACUUCAUCCAUGCUGGCCAGCCCUACACACUCCCCGUCCACCACUCCCUCGCCCCAGGCUCAGGAAGGCCUUCUGUCCCACGGGGGCGAAGGGUCAAAAUUCGGGUCAGGCGUCAAUCCCCCCCAGAGGUCAAUGCUGGAGAAGUUCCGCCUAAUUAACCCUCGCUCGGCCUCGAGGGCAUCGCCAUCUAUGGCAGAAAUGGCGCUGCAGGAGGAAGAUGAUCUUUCGGAGUAUGGAGAGGAGGGACUGACACCCACAGGCUCGGUGUGCAGCAGUGGUAGUAGCAGUGCUACGGCCAAACAAGUCCCCACAAAGACCCCCGCAUCAUCCGCCACUGCAGCCAACAAAACCUCGUCUCCGUCCACUUCCUCGUCAUACCCAAAGGCCUCUGCGUGCGGCAGCAAAUCUGUGGCCUCCGGCAAAGACAAAGAAGACAGAGGCAAGUCCGGGAAACCUUCCAAGGACAACUCUCCUGCUAAAGAGGAGCGUGAGGUCUUUGCAGACUCCACCAAAAAAAGCUCCAAAAUAGCCAGCCUUAUACCGAAAGGAGGGAAAUCCUCGUCGGGGAAAAAAGACGGCGGAACCGCUUCGGCUUUGAGCGGCAUCCCAAAACCAGGACUGAAAGCUCCCUCCACGACAUCAGCAAAACCUCAGAGCCAGUCCCAGAUGCAGAACCAGGCCACCUUAAACAACAGUGGCAACAUGAGGGCAGGAGAGGGAGAAAGAGCCAAGCUGACCAAAGGAGGCCAAGGAGGGAGUUUUUACAUCCAGCGCCCCGCCGGUGGCUCUGAGAGCAAAAGGACCAGCAUGACCUCAUCGACUAGCACCUCAGCCCUGUCGGGGUCCAGUGGAACCAUGGGAGGAGGAGGGGCGGCGCUGGGGGGGAACGGAGUGGUCCAGCUUCCCCAGCAGCAGCAGCACAACCACCCCAACACCGCCACCGUGGCGCCCUUCAUGUACAGGACAUUCUCAGAAAAUGACUGCACCAUGGUGGCCCCUGUCGACCCCUGCCUCAGUCCCACUAAGGGAGAACUAGUCUACAGCAAGACAGCCAAACAGUGCCUGGAGGAGAUAUCAGGAGAGGACCCUGAGACGAGACGCAUGAGGACGGUGAAGAACAUCGCUGACCUGCGGCAGAAUCUGGAGGAAACCAUGUCCAGCCUGCGGGGAACUCAGAUCAGCCAC